CUGGUAGUACUAUUGCACAUUCAAACGGGAAAUAACCUAGACUGAAGUCAAGGUUUUUGUAGGUCAGUCAUUACCAUUUCAAGAUAAGUGUUCUUAUGUAUUCAUUCAUGUAGCAGGAAUUUGGUCACUAAAAUCUAAAGAUAAUAAGCUACUUUAGAUAGUAAACACUAGACUCAUAAUCGCAAGUUAGCGUUUCUCGAUCCUUAAUGCUUCUUCUCCGGUGUGCUUCGCAUGACUGUGGUGUUCAUAGACUUUCAGUCUUUGAAAUUUCAGCCUUUCUCAUUAUCAAUAACAAAUAGUAGCUUCCUUGAAUAGUUAUGCUAUUCAAACCAAAUGUUCUAUAAGUUAUCAAUUUUCAUAUCCAAAGGGAUGAAUGUUACAGUAUUUAUGCAUGAUAUUUGGUAAAUAUGCAAAAUUAGCGGUAACUUUGAUUGCUUCUAAAACUUAUCACAAUUACCAAAGUUACUGAUAUUUAUGCACUUUCUACAGGUGAUAAGUUAAUGAUUCAUUAAAUGUAAUACACUAUAUCGGACUUUAGUUUAUUAUAAGAUGUUAAAUCCUAAAUCUUUAAGAAUUUAGACAUUCAACACAUUUCGAGGCAGUUAAGCCCCUAUUCACCCUUACCUCCACCCACAAGCAGAAAAAAACAACAGAGCAAGAAAGCAACUAAGAAGAUAAGCAAGAAAAAAUAGGAAAGAGGGAAGGAAAUAUAAAACAAAAAUGGCAAUGUGUCUAAGGAAUCUCUCGAGCAGCGAAGACGAGGACGCCUUGGAAGGGGGAAGAGGAGAUGAAGAAGAAGAAGAAUCCUCGCCGAUCAGCGACAGUCCAUUCUUCUCGGUUUCCUCACCAGGUGACUCUGAUGUCUUCCUUCAAGAGUCGGCUUUUGGUUCCUUCACUUCGUACGGGGAACCAGGCAGUGUGGCCUUCCCUGCAACCCCAUCCUACAUGAGUAGCAAGCAGUCAUCUUCCUCUAGCGUGAAGAGCAGGUCAUCACAGCGCAGCUCGAGUAGCGACAGCAGCGCCUCGACCACCAAGCAAGGAACAAUGACCAAACUCUUCAGGAGGUCCGUGUCCCUCAUCGUCAGGUCCCGGAGCGGCGUGGAGCUCUCGUCGAUGGAGUCCUUCGAGUUCACCAGUCCUCUGAGUCAGAUCAAAGACAGUCUCCUGCACAUUUACCGCACGAACACGCUGCCUCAUCAGGGUCUGUGUCGCUUCCAUGAGAUGUUGGCAGAGCUGGUGUUCAGUGGCGGGGGAGGGUGCUUCGAGAGGUGGUGGAAGGAGGAGGUGGUACCAACGGGGACGCGAAUGUUGGCAGUUAUGGUGGCGUGUCCCAAAGAUGGCGACCAGAUAGAGGCACUUCUCAACUCUUGGCAUCUUCUUUACAGGAAGACCUUGCCUUUAUUGCAGGCUGCCAUGGUGCCUCUUAAUACCAUAAACGUAAGGAAGGAUGUCCUAGAGGCCUUUCGGGACAGCGUCUUGCCCUACUCUGGAAUCAAGACAGCCCUUAAGUCUGAGGCCCGGAUGAUGAAGGAGAGACGGUGGAAAUUGAAGCAAAUGAUUCUGAUAUUGGCGAGACUAGGCCCAUGCCAGUGUCGCCUGACCCGUCGUGAGGAAAGGAGGUCCCAGGACGAGAAUAAGGUAGCAGACUUCUCGCUCGGAUCCUCGAGCCCACUGGAGCCUGUCCCGGAAGUGGCACCUUCGAGUACCAUCUCGGACCUUGGGCCAUCCUUACCCUCACCGUGGAAUGCCCCCAGGAUCAACGAGCUAGUUUACCUGCUCAUGGAUGAGCGAGGGGACGAAAGGACUGAAAUCUCUUCUUCACAGCUGGAAGAGAUCCUACACCUUCACCACGGACAGGGAGACAAUUUCCAGUUUAAUAUCAAGCUCUCCAGUCUUCAGCGUCAAGAGAGACUUCCCUCGCCGGGACACUGGCUCACGAGGAAUCCUACGAGCGUUCACUCCUUAGAGGAGCUACUGAGGUCUGCUGCCUCUCGAUGAUUGUUGGAUUAUUCAAUAUCGUUGUUAAAAUAGAUUUUUCGUUGAAUUUUAAUAACAAAAGAUUCUUCUUCAUCCUCAAUUUUUUCUUGUAUGGAAAUAAUUAUGCUCAAUUCUUGUAAACUGAACUGUACAGACGAAGAUUUUUUCAGUUUUGGGUCAUUUAAGAGAGAGAGAGAGAGAGAGAGAGAGAGAGAGAGGACAAUUGAGAUGUGGAAAUUUAUUCUCAUCUUUGCAAUUUCAAACGAGCAGGAAAAUAUUUACUCUCGGUUCUGGGUCAUUGAGAGAGAGAGAGAGAGAGAGAGAGUAAAACUGUCAAAGGACGAAGUGGACGAAGAUAUUUAUUAUUUUAUUCCUUUUGACGAAAAGCUUAAGAAUAACCUAUAAUUUCCAGAGUGAAUCUUUCAUUUAAACUACCAAGGACUAAAAUAACCGAACCACCUUAAUACUUUUUUUUAUUAUUUGCUCCAGAAGCAUUGUGCCCAAUGAAACAAACCUAAAAAUGCUAAUUUGGACGUCGUGGUUGUCAAUGUUUAUUUCCUUCUUGGAUGCAAAACUAUCGACAGCUUGUGAUAAACUAAAGUGGUUGACCUUAUGUCUAGUUAAAUGACUUUAUGAACAGUUUUAUUUUUGGUAGUUGCUGUUUGGAAUCUAAACACAUCGAA